GAUCAACAAAAAUUAUUACUUUUGCGUCAAAGUAACGCAUCCAUGGUGAAAAUUUUUAACAAACAAAAAAAGGCGUGAUUAUUGCAUAAAUUUUGUGCUAAGUUUGGUGUGCACCGUGAGACACGCUAAAUUUGCAUUAAAAAACUGUAACCUAUGGUUGAAAAAUUAUUGCACCCAAACGUGCUGAGAUAUUGCGUAAAAAUACCGCACCAAUAUCUCGUUAAUACCCACAUUACAUGAGGCGUUAAAAUCAUGCAAUUUAUACGCAAUGAAUGGUGGGUGCGAAGAGACAGGCAACGCGCGAGAGUUUGAAUCUAAGAGAAGCGUGGUAUUUCCUUUUCUCUCCCACCCUCGCAGUCUCGUAAAUUCCCUGUUAAUUUAAUUCCCUGUUAAUUUAUCUGUUGUCUCAAUGUCGCCAAAAAAAAAUUACAUAAUUGAAUUCCCCCCUGAUAAAUACAAUUCAGUGCCUGUGGAGCUUGUUCCAAGUCACUGGGUUAUCCCCGCAGAGAAAGUUUGUCUCUGGCCACCAAACUCUGGGCCAAGUAUUAGAAAUUUGAUAAAAAAGGGCACUGCUAUUCCUGAUGUCAAGUGGGGAAGAGUUAGCUACGCCAGGAUUAUUGGGAAUUACGAUGAUUAUGAAGUUGCGACAAAAAAACUUCAAGUAGCCGAGGACACUUCCAACUUGGAAAGUGAAACAGAACCAGAAAGCAGAUUAAGGAGCAAGAAGAUAAUUCCCGAUAUUCAGCCCAGCAGCACACGAGGGGAUGUAACGUCUUCAUCCGAUGAGGAGGAUAGCGACGCGAACAAAAACAGUCCUCCGUCUGGCUCACUUCUGGAUAAUUUGGAGCUGGACCAACCAUUGAGCAUUCCUGAAAUAAUUCCCGAAACUGAAGAGCAAAGCAAUCUACAAGUAGGAAAUCAAGUUGAAACUGGAGACACCUCUUUUGUUGUUGUAAAUUUCGCAGGAGUUAAAUGAUUUACGGCUGUUGAUUUCAAGGACAACGCAAAGUGUGCUAACUUUGUUGGAAAAGCAGGCUGAAGACAUUAAAGACAUUAAGGCUUUACUGAUUAAUGUGAAACAAAGGCCGGAUGGUAGGAAGGCUCCCAAUUUCAGUGCCAUUCCAAAAUUACCCCUCGACAACGAGGUAGCACUGGCGGAGUUUGAAUCUUGGCUCGAGGUGGAUUCAAAUCGCGAAUUACUGGUUGAAUAUUUGGCAUUUUCAACUGCGACACAGAUCAAGGCGAGCACUAGAAAAAUCUUGAAAAAAUUAUUUACGAAUGAAUUUGGCAGGCGAAUUAAUUUUACGGGUAAAGGAAACAAGACAUCGAUGAAAAACCUAAAACUAUUGGAAGUCGUAAAAGAAACCGUGCGAAACGUCUUUACAGUUGAGUCCGUUCCCGAUCCCAAAAAUCCCAGCGGCCGUAUUCCCACCGAUGAUAUAAUUCAAACUGCAGCAAUGAAUUGGUUUCGUUCUUCAAAAAGUAGGUGCAACGACGACGCUCCCUCGGGAAUUGCAUCAUAAUCAUGGAUCGAGAUGGAAAAUCAACAUUAGGCGAAUAAUUGCAAAACGGGUUAGAGAGAAUCUCACUCGUGCAAAAAACAUACCUGCUAUUAGUAAUAAUCUUGUAAAUUUAGAUAUAUGUGAUUCUGUCGUUGAGGAUAGCGAUUCAGGUAGUAAUAUUAGCAAUAAUGAUAGAAGCAGUAAUGUUAUCCAUAAUAGUGACGAGCCAUUAGUUUCCGAUUCACUAAGCGACAAUGGUGUAGUAGAAAAUAAUAGGAAUAUUUUAGAUUUAACACGGGACUUGAGGGACUGGUCGCUUCGACAUAACAUAACGGGAGUAGCUUUAAACGAUCUUCUACGCAUAUUUAACUUUUAUCAAGAAUUUAGAUUUCUUCCAUUGGAUGGUAGGACAUUGCUUAAAAACUCAAUUAAAUACUCUAUGAAAACUAUCGGUCAGGGUCAAUAUGCACACUUUGAUGUUAUUCAAAAUAUAAAACGGCAAAUAGAUUCCAAUUGUAUUCUUGCUUCUGGUAGCGAAAUUAAAUUAAACCUUAUAUUUAGUUUUGAUGGAUUGCCCAUUUCUAAGAGUAACAGUAACCAGUUUUGGCCAAUUCAAGCAAAGUGUGAAGAAAGUACGUACGGCGUAUUUGUCGUGGGUUUAUUUUAUGUCAAGACAAAACCAGAAAGUAUUGACGAAUACUUGAUGGAUUUGAUAGCAGAGUUAAAAAGUUUGCGAGUUGGGAUUAGUUACAAUAAUUUGAAAAUAUUUUGUAAGGUUUCAAAAAUAAUAGCUGAUGCGCCAGCCAGGAGUUUUUUAAAGCAAUGUAAAAGUCAUAAUGCAUACAAUGGAUGCGAGAAAUGUAUAGAUCCAGGUUUCUGGAAGGGACGUGUAAUUUUCAGAACAUUCGAUAGUCCACUUAGGACAGAUCAAGAUUUUUAUGUUCAAAAAGAUAAACACCACCAUGUAGGCAUUUCCCCGUUUACGGAGCUUAAAAUUUUGAUGAUUUCUUCGGUUCCUCUUGACUACAUGCACCUCAUUUGCUUAGGUGUGGUUAGAAAACUAUUAAGAAGUUGGGUAAAAGGUCCAUUGCCAUUUAAAUUAUCUUCUCGUGAUAUUUCAACUUUAUCAAGUAAAUUAGUAUUAUUUUCGCAUAGUUACCCUAAAGAAUUUUGUCGUAAGCCGAGGUCAGUAAAAGAGUUAGAUAUGUGGAAAGCGACAGAGUUUAGAACUUUUCUUCUUUAUACAGGACCCGUCGCUUUAAAAGGAUUAUUGUCGCCGAAAAAGUAUACACAUUUUUUAAAUCUUUGCGUAGCAGUCACGAUUCUUAUAACUACCAAGGCGCAAGCAAAUAAUUGGAACGAUUAUGCACGACAGCUUUUAUUGAAGUUUGUUAAAAAUGUUCCCAAUUUAUAUGAAGAAGAGUUCUUAUCAUAUAAUAUGCAUUCUCUUAUACAUAUUAGUGAUGACGCUUUAAAGCAUGGCCCGUUAGAUUCGUUUAGUGCUUUCGAUUUCGAAAAUAAUAUGCAAGUAAUAAAGCGCUCGCUACGAGCUCACUAUAAACCUUUUGAGCAAACUGUGAAUCGCACUGCUGAGAGAGAAAAUCAUAAGUACCAGUCCCCUGUGAAUUUAAAUAGACACUGUAUUAUAAAAUCGAACGGAAAGGAUCAUUGUUUUAUAUUAAAGGAUGGGAAAGUAGUUGUUAUAAGUAGUAUAAGUAAAGAUAAAAAACAUAUAAAUUGUAGAAAAUUCAAACACUCGGACAACUUGUUCACUUGUCCGUGUGAAAGUAAAAUUUUAGGAAUAAUUAAAGUUAGCAAAUUAUCAAAUAGCGUAACCAUAAUAGGUAUUAAUGAUAUUUAUAAGAAAUGUUGGUUACUCCCGUCGGAUAAAAUAGAUGAAAACAUUUGCAUUCCCUUGUAUAAUGUAACAAUAUAAUUUUUGUUAUGAAAUAAAUGAUUUUGAUAAAAAUUAAUAAUUCGUGUUAUUUGACUGCAGUAAUUGCAUGGAGUUUAACUGCAAGUUUUGCAUCAAAUUAUUCGUUUCUUUUGCGCAAUAUUCUACGCCCUAAAUUGCAUUAAUUUGACGGUUAUUUCUACGCAAUAUUCUUGAGGCUAAAUUGCAUGAAUAUGACUGUCAAUUCUAUGCAAUAUUGACAGUUUAUUUUACGUUAAAUAUCUAGUAUCUUUUCACGGAUUUUUGCCGGCCAUCAGUUGCUGCAAUUUAACUGUAUGACUUUUGCGUAAAAGUGAUAGCUUUUGUUGAUCGGGACGGCUUAGUUUUCAUAAC